UGUAAUUCAAAUCCAAAUGUAAAUAUUUUGGUUUUGUGAUGUGCUAUGCAUCAAAAUGACUGGAUUUAAUUAUUUAGUGAGGAGGCCAGUGCAUUAUCGUUGUUUCAAGAAGUUGAACCGUUACAGUUCUUCUGAUACAAGCGUCAAACAUGAAGGAAAGGCUGUUAGAAAGAAGUAUUCGGACACAGUGAACCUUCCUAAUACUAAGUUUCCAGCAAGGAUAGAAGGCAGAAAAAGAGCUGAGCGUGACAGGUUUAUUUACGAAAAAUGCAGAUUCUCCUCGUUAUAUUCAUGGCAAAGAGAACACACUAAGGAUCCAGAGUUCAUACUGCAUGAUGGCCCUCCAUACGCCAAUGGAAAACCACAUAUGGGACAUGCCAUUAACAAGAUUAUGAAAGACAUAAUAUUGCGUCACAAGGUACUUCAAGGUCAAAGAGUGCAUUUUAUUCCGGGAUGGGACUGCCAUGGUUUGCCCAUUGAACUGAAAGCAGUGUCCAGUUCAUGUGGAAAAGAAACAAAGCUUACACCAGUUGAAAUAAGAUAUAAAGCACGGAAAUUUGCUGAAGCUGCUAUUGCAAAUCAGAAGACAACUUUUAAAUCGUGGGGAGUAAUGGGUGAUUGGGACCAUUCUUAUCACACAUUUGACAAGAAAUAUGUGAAAAACCAGAUUAAGAAAUUUUACGAUAUGUUUGAGAAGGGUUUGAUCUAUAGAGCAUAUAAACCAGUUUUCUGGUCUCCAUCAUCAAGGACAGCACUGGCAGAAGCUGAGCUGGAAUAUAACCCAACUCACUGCAGUCAGGCUGUUACGGUACGCUUCCUGAUAAAGGACCUACCACCACAACUGAAAAAAAUUACACCCCAACAUGUAUCACAAGUGUAUUUGUUAAUAUGGACCACAACUCCUUGGACUCUGCCAAUGACAAGUGCAGUAUGUUAUAGUCCAGAGAUGACAUACAGUGCAAUUCAUUUGGACAAUUCAAAAGAUGAACUGUACAUUUUGGCUUCUGAAUGUAUGAAGGACUUGCUAAACAAGACUGGAGCACAAGCAGAAGUUAUCUCAUCUUUUAAAGGUGACAUGUUGAGGAAUACAUUCUAUGAGCAUCCUCUAAAGCAAGGAUGCAACUUGCCUUUGCUUCCUUCAGACCAUGUCUCAACUGGCAAAGGCAGUGGAUUGGUGCAUACAUCUCCAGCCCAUGGCCACGAUGAUUUCUUGGUUGCUUUAAAACAUGGAAUUUCCUUGGAGUGUUUGGUUGAUGAAGAUGGCUGCUUUAUGUCUAAAAUUGGGCCAGAGCUUGAAGGUUUACCUGUGUUGUCUGCAGGCAAUGAAAAAGUGUUGGUAUUGUUGCAGAAUGAUAUUUUGCAUCAAGAAAAGUAUACACAUAGUUAUCCCUAUGACUGGAGGACAAAGCAGCCAGUUAUAAUCAGAGCUAGCAAGCAAUGGUUUAUUGACACUGAUGCAAUUAAACAAACAGCAAUUAACAAACUCAGAGCUGUUAACAUAUUGCCAGAAAAAUUCAGUGGAAGUGGUCAGCUAAUAUCGCUGCUGGACAGGCGACCGUACUGGUGUAUCUCAAGGCAGAGAGUUUGGGGUGUACCGAUCCCAGUUCUUUACCGACAUUCAAAUCAGGAAAUCUUGGUAACCAGACCACUGAUCGAUCACUUCUGUAAUCUUUUGGAAGAACAUGGUCCAGAUUUCUGGUGGACACUGCCUACUGAGAAACUUGUUGAAGGUUGUGUCUCAGAUGUAGAUGUACAAGACAUAGAAAAAAGUCAGGACAUCUUGGACAUCUGGUUUGAUAGUGGAAUAUCAUGGUCUUCUGUUUUGGAUCAAAAAGUGGCUGACUUAUAUUUGGAAGGUGUAGACCAAAUCACUGGUUGGUUCCAGUCUUCACUAAUGACAUCAGUUGCACUGCGUGAGGAGCCUCCCUAUCGGGCUAUAUUUGUUCAUGGAUUUGCAGUUGAUGGAAAUGGUCGAAAAAUGUCAAAGUCAUUGGGAAAUGUUGUAGAUCCUGUUGACAUUACUGAAGGCAGCAAGCACAUACCAGCUUAUGGGACUGAUGUUCUCAGGUGGUGGGUUGCUUCGCAUGGUACGCAUCAUGGUAACAUAAGUAUAAGCAACAAUUUGUUGGACAGCUCUGCAGAUUCUAUCCAAAAAAUACGCAUUGUGCUGCGCUUUAUCCUUGGGUCCAUAAAUGAUUUCCAGAAUAAGAGUGACACUGAUGCUGUACAUUUAUACAACUUGGACAAGUACUUGCUCAAUCUGCUCUUUGGUUUGGAAAAAGAGGUUGUGGCAAUGUAUGACACUUAUCAGUUCAACCAUGUUUGUAAACUCAUGACAAACUUUGUCACCAACGAUCUAUCAGCACUAUACUGUCAUCUCAUAAAAGACAGACUUUAUUGCGAAUCAUCUAACUCUCCUAAGAGAAGAGCUUGUCAGUUGGUGCUGAGCCACAUACUGGAAGGUGUUACACAUAUGAUUGCCCCAGUUUUACCAUUUCUUGCAGAGGAAGUUUAUCUCCACCAUCCCUGUUUUGUCGGUACAGGUGUUUUCCGAUCUGGAGUCUGGAAGCCUCUAAAGGAGUGGGAGAAAGCUGACAUUGACAAUAUAAUGUCAGCAGCAUUGAAAUUGCGUGAUUUACUUCACAAAACCUCAGAAGAAUCCAAUACUUUGAAAUUAAAUGUGAAAGUUUUUGCAGGAGAUAAAACUUUGCAGAUAUUGAAGUUGUUCCAGGAAGAAGGUCGAAGUGAUUUUUCUGAGUUGACAGAACUACUGCAGGUAUCAGCUGUGGAACUGAUCAAGUCUAAUAAGCAGCUAUCAGAUAAUGAGUUUGAAAUUGUAUGUGAAACAUCAGAACAUCAACUAUGUCCAAGGUGCCGACGUUAUACCUCUAAACAAAAAGAUGUGCUGUGCUCCCGCUGUGAGAAAAUAGUAUCAAAACAACCCCUAAAACAAGUUUUAUGCAGCUAACAGUGUAUUUAUUUGUAUUUUAAUCAGUCUCAUGAGUGAUACAGUGUCUUUUUGUGUUCAGUGUGUUAUGUAAGCAAUUGUGUAUUCACUAUUUUCUCUUGGAAGAGUUAUUCUUUUCUAUAAUUUGAUGUUAUUCUUUUUUUUUUAAAAAAAAAAAAAAUCCUGUGUGUUGGUGAUCUUGGUAGCAGAGAGGUUAAGUGUUGAACCACAAGUCCAGAGGCACAGUUUUUGAUCCGUGAUUGCCCAUAGAAUUUUGCCUGGUAGGUAAUGUGACUAUCACCUGCCAUAAUGCAAUGUGAAGGUGUAGAGAUAUAUCCCUUUAUGAUCUGGAUUCCAUGCUAAACUGCAAGUCCUCAUUUGAUGAGCUGGGUGAGUCAGGAGGACAUGGAAGUGGAGAAAGAGAAGAGUAUACCACCUGCAGUAAUGUUUUAGUGUCAAAGGAUGGCAGCAUACAAUCUUGGGUUAAGUGGGUGUUGGGAGAUUAUGACUCACUAGUGGCUAGACGUAGCUUGUAUCUCAUGCCCCUCGAGAAGUGUCCAUGUGCAAACUUCACACCAUAUUGCAAGCAUGAACUUGCUGCCCUCUUAGUUGCUUGUAGUUGCUGUGUGUAUACUAUUACAUAACGUUUAUGUGUCCCCUGUGCCAAGUGGAAUAUGGACUCCAUGGGGGUUACGGAGAUAUUUUUAAAAAGCAUGAUCUUUGAAAUAAAAGAAAUUGUGCCAAAGAAAAUAAAAAAUGAAGGAGAAGGUAUGCAGUUAGAGUAACAAAGGAUUCAGUCAGGUGUCAGCUCUUCGGCAGCACGAAAUUCAGAUCUAUGCCAGAGAUUCAUUUCGCGAAUGUAGAAUUGCUAUUGGUCACACUAUUGGUGUCUUUUCUGCUUUGGGGAAAAUGAACGUUCUUGAACAUUUUAAAAUUAUUCAUGAUGCUCAUUCAGUGUACUAGGAAAUAUAAUUUCAAUCAUUCACUGACUUAAGAUCACGGAGAGAAGAAAUUGAAAUGGAGUGUAGUGUUUUGUACAUCAGAUUGAGGGGUGUUGGAAACACCAAUAGUUCAAAAAUUUAGUUUCCAUUGUCAACAUCCAGGCACUUAUGCUCCAAAUCUGCCAAUAAAUGGCACAUGACAACAUAGCAGGCAUCAAAGUGGAGGAAUUUAUGGAUGGAACAUGUCAUGCUUCCUUUCGGUCCAGAAUGUGAUUUGUGUCAUUUGCUCCUCAAGGAGCAAGAGAAAAGAAACUGCUAGUAAAAUUGUGCCUUUGUUUCAGUGGAUGCAAUAUCGAAGAAAAUCAUAAAUUAAAUUUUCUGAUAAGCUAGACAGCUAUUUACAAAAAGACCUGUACUAAUUGUAAUGUUGUUGAACAUUAGGACAUUGGAGCAAGUGUAUUUGCAUGGGUAAACAAAGUGCAAGAAAGUAAACAAUUAUAUGUUUCUUUUUUGUACGAACCACCAGAAGAAGACUUCCCUCUACUCUUUUGCAUUAACCAAAAUGGGCGAUGUACAAUGUAGCAAGCUGCAGAAGUAUGCUGGUGAUGCAUGGGCAUUAUGCAUUAUGUAAAUAAUUAUGUUUAUGAACUUGUGGCUACAUUCACUAUAAAAGAGCUGAGACAAGGUUUCCCAAGUGCACUUUUUUAUAUUAAAUAGGACAUACCAGACAGCAUUGCCUGUAUCUUUGGAGAGAGUGCAUCAGGAAAAAAAUAAAUAAAAUUGUUGCAGACGUAUUUAUCUGUGACAUGGCAGAUUAUUUUUAUAGUGGAUAGCAUGCUGCCAUGGGUGUGCCGGAAAAGAUACUAUUAUGCAGUUGGCAUGUAGAUGCAUGGAGGAAAAAAUCUCUCAAAAGUCAAAACAAAAGAGAAGCAAAUGGAAAUGUAUAAAGUAGUCCUAACACUAAUGAAAGAAAAAGACCACAAUGUGUUCUACAGUUGUCAGAAGAUUUUAUGUGAAGACACUGAUACUUCAGAAUUUGCACAAUAUUUCAUAAAUGUGUAUAAUAAUUAGAAAGAAAUAUAGGCAUACUGUUAUUUUCUGCACGCUAUUGGUGACACUAAUAUACACACAGAGCAAAUGCAUAAAACUAUUAAAUAUGUUUAUUUGCAUGGCAGAAAUGUAGGAUGACUUGAUAAAGCUUUUAAUGCCAUUAUGACUUUCAUGAGAGACAGUUUGUGAGUGCCUCAUUACCAUGCAUAAAGGCAAGUAACAUCUAAAGCAAAAGUAUAAGUUCACAAUGUUAACUACUCUGGUUUCUGAAAUUAGUGACUCUUGGAAAGUUGUGGCUUCCUCAGAAGUGAAGAAGAUAUACACCAUUUGGCAAGUGAAAGAGUCAAGUGAAAUUAAGUACUGAGUAGAUGGCAUGCAUUUACCAAUACAUAUGCAGCUGUCCAGAUUCAGCAAACAAGUAUAACAUGUGUAAUAUGCCGAAUGAAAAAGAACAGUUCUGUUGAACAUAGCAUACCUGAAAGAGAUGUCAAUGAUUUAUUAGUGAUGGGAAUUGAUGUAAGUUGUAAGAAAGAGGUAUUGAUACUCACAGAAACACUGAAGAGGCAGAACACUACAUUACUCUUAACAGGAAGAAGAAACUAACACUUAAUUGACACAGCUGUCUAAAUUGAGAAUAAAGACAGAUUCUGAAGAGGAGUUAAAGCAAUCAAAAAGAAACUAGGAUGUUCAAAUUUAAUCUCUCAGCAAUGCGGCAAAGCAGAUGCAAGUGCUUACAGGCAUUGAUACUGGACCUGACAAUUAGAAAAUUAUCUCCCAGAGGUUAUGUUUAGUAAAGUAAACAAAGAAGAAGGUGCAGAACAUAAUUUUGAUAUUGUCUACUGAAGAAAACCUCCAUCUACUGUAGUCUCUUGUAAAAAAAAAUGGCAGCAAUGAUAGGAUACAGAUCAGAAUAAACAUUUGUCUUAUGUAGAUGGGAUUGAAUGAUGUGGAAUGAAAUGUAGAAUUACUUGUAAGUGAUUAUAUGUUGUGAAAGUAUUUAGUGUUUGAUUUUUGUGAAACGAGUUGUGAACAAAAAUGGAAAUGUGCUGUCAGAAGAUUUAGCUUCAUUCAUUCAUUCAUUUGUUCAUUCACACAUUGGAGGUAAAUGCUGCUUUGCCCAUGGUGAAUUGAAACAGUAAGGUAUGUUUGAAUAUGCAUUUUCUCAUAUAAGUUUUCAAAAUGUAAAAUGGAUGUUUUAGCAAGUAAAUAGCAAGCCACAUGCUCUUGUAUUCAGUGCAUUGUCUAAAGCUUCAAAAAGUAUCAAUGUGUAACACUUCCUUGCCUUAAAUAUGUAGACCACGUUCAGAGGUUGCCACAGCAAGAUCAAUUUUGAGGGUGAUUAACGACAGAAGCACUGCAGUACAACUAGACUUUUUAUUUUAUUAAGACUUUUUCAUGACACAAUUUGUAUCAUGCCAUUAAACAACUGCUUAAGAGUAAAGCAACUUUUCUAUGAAUA